AUGGGAGCCGGAGAGAGAGAAGAAGGCCGGAGCUCGGGGAGGGAGAGCGCGGUGGCCUGGCGGAGAGAGCGCGACGUCGGAGAAAAAGCGACGGCGCAAAGGAAGAGGCGGCCGGAGAGGGUGGCGCGCCCGGAGAAGAAGGUCGGCCGGGGCGGUGAAGGCGGCGUAGCGCGGGAUGGUGGCCGGCCGAGAUGGGGAGCUCGGCGGCGGGACGGCAAGAAGGGCGACCGGGAGAAGCGGCCGAGGCGGCUUCGGCGGCGGUGCGAAGGAGCAGCAGAUGCCGACCGGGCAGCGGAAGAGGUCCGGCUCGGGCCGGGCUACCUGGGCAGCGCGGCUGAGCGGAGGCUCGGCAGCACGGCACGGCGAAGGUCCGGGACGGCGGACCGGAGUGGAGAAGCGGCGUGCACGGCGGUGCAACACAAAGGAGCAAGGGAGGCCGGAGGGGUUGAAGGCGGAGCUCACCGGCGGAGGAGGGGCGGAGCUUCCCGACGGCACACAUGCGGCGUCACAGGCCGGGGCGGUGAAGGCGGCGUGACGCGGCUGGGCGCGGCGCGCAGACGGCGUGGUGGAGGCUCAGCGGAGGAGAAUGGCUCGGACGGCGCGACGCCGGCAGGUGUGCACGACCGAGCGGCUGUGUAG